CCUAUCCGGGGACACACUGUAUAUUAACCAUGCAAAAAAUAUAUCAAUUAACGCAUGCAUCCUUCCGCUACCGAUAAUUCGAGCUAUAUAAACUGUUCAUAUGUGCUAAGAGUUAUUAAUUCUACAAUGCCAUCCAAUCGAGAGUUUAUUUUAUUGGUGCAAGAAAAGGAAGAUGGUAACAUGAGGCUCAAGAAAUACGAUUACCUCGGUGAAUUAGCUGUUGGGACUAAUCCCGAUGUUGAUGAUGCUACGAAUUUCGCUCAUUAUGAGCAAAAAUACAACAAGGAAGCUGCAGCGGUCCCUGAGAGGGUAUUAGAACUUCUAAAUGUAUUUUUUAAUUUUUGCUUUAUUCCACACCAUCGUCAGCCGGUGAUGACGAGACCAAACGUAAGUUUUUUUUAAAUUUUGUAUUUCAUGAAUUAUUAUUAUUUCUAUGUAUUUGUUUAUCCAUAUCACCGUUGUAGAAUUAAGGUAAAUAUUAAUUAAAAUUAUAUGCUGUGGUGAUUAUUUAUAUAUUUGUCUUAUUAGUUUCGGUUACAUUACCGUCUACUGAAAAUUAAUUGUUGGAUAGCGUUUUUCUUUUAAAACUAAUUUAAUACAACUGUUAAUUUACACCAUUA